AUGCAGUUCAGCGUAGCCGUCGCAGUAUGCCUGGCCUUCGUCCACACCUCCACCGCUAGGCCGUUCAGCCCGACCCUCCUCGGCCGCAGCCCCGUCGCACCGCCCGAUUGGACCAGGGACACCCCUCAACACGCGAACCCCGACUACAUCCACUCCAUUAACACGCCCCCAUGGUUGCCCAACGCGUGUGCCCAACCGGGCCAAUCCCCUUACGCCGACUGGACGUCAGCUAACUGCAACCAGCAGCCAAUGCCAAGGCCAAACCCAUCGCCUUACCCCAUCAACAACUACCCACCCGUUAACCCCUAUUCACCCUACGGCGUUCCCAGUUCGUACUACAGCUACGACAACAGCGGUCAGUCUCGCAACUCUCAAGACUCCUUCCGGAGCGAUCCAUCUGGAACGUGGGGCAAUUCGGCAGACCAAGGGUCAUACUACCAUAACAAUGGAUUCGGACUCACCAAUGGACUCGGGCUCAACAAUGGAUUCGGGCUCUUCAAGAAGGAGGCUGAACCUAAAACAGAGGAUAAGUCCAAGGCUUAG